GGUGAAGGGGCUACUUCCACGGACAGAGGAGGAGGCAUUUGUGAGGACCAUAUCUUAAGAUGGUGUGGAGAACCUGGUUGAUGAUGGUGUGGAUGACACAGAGGCUGAGGCAGGUAGUCAGGUACCAGACACUCAGGUACCAGACACUCAGGUACCAAUUUUUGGAACUUUUUUUUUUAUGUCUUGAUUUUUUAUUGUUUUUGUUUUGUGAUAUUUGUUACAUUGUGGAAUUAUUGUAUGCUUACCGUAUUUUUUUGGUAUAUAUUUUUUCAGGCCACUGGUUCAGAACCUCAGCCCAGUGCACCAUCUUCAUCAGGCGUUCGUGGUGCCGAGUACACUGAUUUAGUGGCUAGGUUGGAUAGGAUCGAGGCUGACACUCAGGGUCUGUAUGCUGCUCAUGUCGAGCUGAAGAAGGCAUACGAGACCAGCCAUGUAGAGCUGAAGGGUGGUCAGAACGUAAUUAUGGAGCAGCUCAGAGACAUAUUGGCCAUGUUGAAUCGUCCGCCAACGACAACUUCAGCACCGGAGGCCCCAGCAGAUCCAUCUACCCCACCACCAGCUGCAUCACCCCCAGUAGAAGAGGAGGAGGUCUUCCCUGACGGGUACGAUCCUUAUGAGGGAGCUCCAGCGACUCCCAUCGAUACAGGUGUUAUCCAUGUACAUGACAUCGAGUCGCAGGGUGAGAUUCUGUCGAUAGAGGCACAACCUACAGAGGUUAAGAGUCGGAAGAGAAAUCCUCCUGUAUGGUUCAGUGACUACACGGAGAUGAAGAGGAGACAUAGGCCAUCUUCGACGUUUGAUUCCCUGGAGCCACCGGAUGAGAAAUUGUUAGUUACUUUCCGAAAGUGGUGUGUUGGACUCAUUCCGAACCACCGACUUCACGAUUUGAGAAGUGGUGAUUACGGUCCAUCAUUCUUUUGGAAGCUGCUCACACCAAAGGAAUGGCUUACAGAUGACCAUAUAGAUGCAGCAAUGCAUAUGCUGAGGAGGCGACGCACCGACUAUCCACUGACAUUUCCUCAGAAGGGUAUCAUUCUCUCCACAUUCGUGACCACCAUGAUCAGCAGUGCAUGGACGAACCACAGGGGUCCGAGGAGAAACUUUGUGUGGGAGGAUUAUAUCCUGGACUACUGCAAAGGGGUUAAUAAGGUAUUGUUUUAGUAAGAUUUUAAAUGUUGAACUAUGAUUAUAACUUCGAUUGUUAAUUGUUUGGGAGGAUUAUUAUGGUUUGUUAAUUGUUUCGUUGUUCUCCGUAAUUACAGAACCAGUUCUUUUCGAGAUGGAUGGGUAACGAGUAUAUUUACUUCAGUCUGCAUCUUCCCGAGGCAAGGCACUGGGUCACACUUGAAGUUGACAUAGAGCUGUGGAAAAUUAAUGUCUACGACUGUGAUUCCAGCGUCUGUCAUUGGACCGCCAUGGAACCCAUCCUGAAGACUUGGGAAGAACUGCUGCCCUCGCUAAUCCUUGCAACCAGGGAAUUUCCACGUAACAACCAGAUCAUGGC